AUGUCGUGCCGCAGAUCCCGGCGCCCGGAAUUUCUGGAACUCUGGGAAUUCAGGAAUGUUAUCCCACAGAUCCUGGCACCCGGCAUUUCUGGGAAUUCUGGGAAUUCAGGAAUGUCGUGCCGCAGAUCCUGGCGCCUGGAAUUUCUGGGAAUUCCGGGAAUUCAGGGAUGUCAUCCCACAGAUCCUGGCACCCGGAAUUUCUGGGAAUUCCGGGAAUUCAGGGAUGUUGUACUGCAGAUCCUGGCACCUGGAAUUUUGGGAAUUCUGGGAAUUGUGGAAUGUCUUCCCGCAGAUCCUGAUCCCGGCACCCGGAAUUUCCGGGAAUUCCGGGAACUCAGGAACGUCUUCCCGCAGAUCCUGGCGCUGGCGCGGCGGAGGGGCCGGAGGGUGAAGGUGGUGGGGGGCGGCCACUCCCCGUCCGACAUCGCCUGCACCGACGGCUUCCUCCUCCACCUGGGAGCCAUCAACAGGGUCCUGCAGGUGGACCCGGAGAAGCGGCAGGUGACGGUGGAAGGCGGGAUCCUCCUCUCGGAGCUCAACCGGGAGCUGGACAAGCACGGGCUGGCCCUGGAAAACCUUGGAAUCCUCCCGGUAAUCCUGGGACAAGGGUUUGGAAAAGGUGUCUCCAGGCAGGGAAUGAGCCCUGGAAUCCCGGGCUGGAGCCGCCGCAUCCCAAGGAAUUCCCUCCCCCGUGUCCAGGUGGUGGCCCUCACCCUCCUGUUGGCCUCGGGAGAGAUCCUGGAAUGCUCGGAGGCGGCGAAUCCCGAGGUUUUCCAGGCGGCCCGGCUGCACUUGGGCUGCCUGGGAAUCGUCCUGAGCGUCACCUUCCAGUGCGUCCCGGAAUUCCGGCUGCGCGAGGUGGCCUUUCCGUCCACCCUGCCCCAGGUGCUGGAGCAGCUGGAGGAGCACCUGGAGCGUUCCCAAUAUUUCCGCUUCCUGUGGUUCCCGCACAGCGACCACGUCCGGAUCAUCUACCAGGAUCCCACGGAUCAGCCUCCCUGCUCCUCCUCCAGCUGGAUUUGGGAUUACGCCGUGGGAUAUUACCUGCUGGAAUUCCUGCUCUGGAUCAGCACCUUCAUUCCCGCUCUGGUUCCUUGGAUCAACCGCUGCUUUUUCCGGCUCCUCUUCAGCUCCCGGGUGGAAAAGGUCGCCCGGAGCCACCGGAUCUUCAACUACGAGUGUCGCUUCCGGCAGCACGUCCAGGACUGGGCCAUUCCCAUGUAA